AUGUGUUGGAAUAGUGAGGAGCGUGCCUUUGCCGUUGAGGCCUACUUUUCAAGCGGAUGUUCGGUUAUUGCAACACAGCGUGCAUUUCGGAAUCACUUUAAUUUAGCCCCGUUGGCUCCUGUCCCAGACCGCAAAUCAAUUGUUACAUGGGUCACUAUAUUCAGACAAACUGCAAGUGCGACAAAACGAAGAACUGGAGUCCCUCGGCCCGUUAGAUCACCUGAAAACAUUGAAGCAGUGAGAGAGUCAAUGUUGCGAUCACCACGGCGUUCUGCGCGCAAACACGCAUCUGCCCUUGGACUAUCUGAUCGUUUUGUGAGAAGAAUUCUUCGUGAUGAUCUUCAUUUUCAUCCCUAUAAGAUGGCGAUAGUGCAGGAACUUUCAGAACGUGACUUCAAUUCUCGGAUGAACGCGUGUGAACUUCUUCUUGAUGUCGUUCCCGAGGGUGCUAUUGUUUUUUUUAGCGAUGAAGCCCAUUUUCAUUUGUGUGGGUCGGUAAACAAACAAAACAUGCGCAACUGGGCUGACACCAACCCUCGAGAAUUGCAUCAAAGACCUUUGCAUUCACCGAAAGUCACAGUGUGGUGUGCAAUUUCCUCAGCUGGAAUUAUUGGUCCCUGUUUUUUUUGA